CCCCUUCCUGCAUGUUUCUCUCUUUCACCUUCCAUAGCAGACGCUCUCGAACCCACUGUUUACCCCAUGUCGAUGGUGAACCUCCCCGUUGUUUAGUGCCGCACGUCAAUUGCCUUGCAGACGGGCGGUCCGCGCAAGUACAUAGCAUUGUGUAUACCCUCCUGUUGCUCGUCCCCCCAGCCCCCCAGGGAACUGGAAGGCACCACCACCACGCCCCGUUCUGGGUCCACUAACCCAGCAGCCACGACCCAUAUACCCACGUUGUGAUCCCCCCGGAUACCCAUCUAUCUCCGCCCCUCGGUCCUUGCCCGCAGUGGUACAGUUGCCUGUAUGUACCAUUGCCUACUUCAACGCCAGCGCGAGCACCUCACUCAGUGUAUGCAGUUUUUGAGGGAUUACGGCCCCGAGAUGUCCCUGGACCCCCGCUUCUACCACCACAUCGGUCACCUCGCCGGUCCGGGCUCCCAGUCCUCCGCCUCGUCCUCGGGGGCCUCCGCCAUCACUGGCAUCACUAGCCCGUCCGCCCUCUCGAUGACCGCCUCCGCAGCGUCUAUGCGGUCGACCGCGUCCAGCCCGUCGUUGCGCGCCCGUGAGAGCGUGGCCAUCGCGACCCACCGCGCCGAUGGCGUCUCCAGUCCCUCUGCCGGCGGCGGCGGCAAUGUGCGGGUGGUCGUUCGGGUCAGGAAGUUCCUGCCUAGAGAGAUCGACCGUAAGGCCAAGUGCCUGAUCAGCAUGGACCCGCACACCCAGAUGACCAGGCUGAGGGCGCCCCAGAACCCGGAAGACGAGGGCAAGCCCAAAUCGCAGGCGCGUGGAAAGGUCCUGGAAGAUAAGUCCUUCAUCUUCGACAAUUCCUUCUGGUCCCAUAACGAAAAGGACGGCCACUAUGCCCACCAGGAAGAUGUAUACAACUGUUUGGGGGAGGAGUUUCUGGAUCACAACUUUGAGGGAUACCAUACCUGCAUCUUUGCCUACGGACAGACCGGCUCCGGCAAGAGUUACACCAUGAUGGGCACGGCCGACCAGCCCGGAUUGAUUCCCCGGACCUGCGAAGAUCUGUUCCAGCGCAUCGAAACCGCCGAAACCCCCAACGUCAGCUUCAAUGUCCGCGUCUCCUACUUCGAGGUCUAUAACGAACAUGUGCGCGAUCUCCUGGUGCCCCGGACCGACCCUCCGCAUUAUCUCCGCAUCCGCGAGUCGCCCUUGGAGGGACCGUACGUCAAGGACCUGACGGAGGUGACGGCGAAGAGCUACGAUGAGAUCAUGAAGUUCAUGCGCAAAGGCGACAUGUCCCGCACAGUGGCCAGCACCAAGAUGAACGACACGUCGUCCCGAUCCCACGCGGUCUUUACGAUCACGCUCAAGCAGAUCCAUCACGACCUUUCGACUGAUGAAACCACCGAACGCACCGCACGCAUCCGUCUGGUUGAUCUGGCGGGAUCCGAACGAGCCAAGUCCACUGAAGCGACGGGCCAGCGACUGCGCGAGGGCUCCAAUAUCAACAAGUCCCUGACAACACUGGGUCGCGUUAUCGCCGCACUUGCCGAUCCCAAGCCUGGACGCCCGGGCAAACGCAAGGUUAAAGAUGUCGUUCCGUAUCGCGAUUCCAUCCUCACCUGGCUGUUGAAGGAUAGUCUGGGCGGCAACUCAAAGACAGCGAUGAUCGCGUGCAUUUCCCCCAGCGACUACGACGAGACGCUCUCGACCCUUCGAUACGCGGACCAAGCCAAGCGCAUCCGCACGCGGGCUCGGGUCAACCAGGACCACCUCUCCGCUGCGGAACGGGACAAGCAGAUCGCGGAGAUGGCGGAGACGAUCCGCACGCUGCAGCUGAGCGUCAGCUUGGCGACGGCCAAUCGGCGGGAGAACGAGAACCAGAAUGAACGGCUCGAGGAGUACCAGCAGAAAGUGGAGAAGCUUCAGCGGCUGAUGGAGGAGACCAAGAUGGUCAGCGAGUGCAAGAUCCGGCAGCUGCAAACAGAGAACGAGGCGAUGCGCAACCAUUUGAAACUGGCACUGGAUAGCAUCCGGAACCCGAUUCCCCCGGUGAUUGUGCCCAAGCGCCGAGACAGCCGGUUCAGUGUGGAUGAGAGCGACGGCUCCCUGACGUGCAGAAAGCAGAGCCGUGCGCUGUCGCCGCCGUCGGACCUGGAUUCGGAGCCGGAGCCAGACCUCAUCUGGGAAGAUGAGGACACGAUCGAGAGUGAUUCCAGUCAUUUCGAGGCGCAGGAGAUGCAGGCGCACAUGGAGAACCUUCUGGACGACCUGAACAUGUUCAAACGCAAGCUGGCGACGGAUCAUGAGCGAUUUCGACCCAGCUUGCCUCUGGACGGGCGGAAGCGACGGCGAGCACUAGGGGAUGUUUGGGCAAACAAUCGAUAG